CGCCAGGACCAGUCAUCUGUUCCAAGUGAUCUUCUGAAAGGACGCUUACGAAAAAUGUCUGUUUUCAACUUCAAGAAGUUCCUGGAAAGUGGCCAAUACUCAGAUGUGGAGUUCGCCGUAAAACCAGAGAAGUUUCCCGUCUCGAAGACCUUCAAGGCCCACCGGCAACUCCUGGCACUGAGGAACGAGGUGUUCGCCGCCAUGUUCUACGGUCAGCUCCCCGAGAAGGACGUCGUGGUCAUCACCGACCUCCAUCCUGAUGGCUUUUCCGGCCUUCUUAAGUACCUGUACACGGGUAAGCCUAAGAUGAAAAGCACGGAGGAAGCUAUGUACACGAGAACAGCGGCUGACAAGUAUCUUGUGCCGUACCUGGCCUUUGCCUGCUCCGAGUACAUAAGGAGUCACGUGACGGCCGAAGACGUAUGUCGCGUCAUCGACUACACCUUGCUGACCGGCGGCGAGGACAUCGACAGCGCCGUGGGGCGCCUUCUCGAAGAGCGUCCCGAGACCGUCUUGGCGUCGGACGCUUUCACCGACUGCUUGGAACAGACGGUGCACUACGUUUUGGACAAGGUGACCAACGUGCCGGAAAUGUACGUGAUCCUUGCGGUGCACCGAUGGGCUCAAUCAUUCUGCCAGAAAAUGGCCACAACCAGCGACAAGCCCGUCGAUCUCAAGACAGCCAUGGCCCCGUUCCUGCCCAAGUUGCGGUUCCUGGCACUGACACCGGAGGAGUUUGUCACCUUCAACGCUUCCGCCGACACGCGCGACGUGCUGGACAAGGACGACGCCUUCGCGAUCACGAGUCUGCUUUAUGCAACAAGUCCAUCGAUAUGCCAUCGUGGGCUUGCCCGGAGAGAAAGCCGCGCUGUUCGGCCCCUCAAAAUGAGUAGCCAGCUGCUUUUCGCCUGCGGCAGCGUCGAAACGUUGUCGCUACCUCGUUUUAAUCAGCGCCGAUAGUAACUACCGUGUGAAGUGCACAUAUAACCACACUGUUUA